AGCCAACAAGAGCUUCUGUUGGAUCCAUAGUUGGAUCUGUGGUUGUUUUGGUUCCAUGUCAAAUCGGAACGCCCGCUCCGUUGCCCGCUCCUACUGUAUUUAUAUUCUAUUUCAUCUCUUUCGGGAGGUUUUCUUAAGUGAUGGCUGUCGCCGUUGCAGUUAUCGGUAAAGAGAACUCACCAUUAUUUGUAAAGACAGUUUCUCCUAGUAAUGAAUUGAAGUUUCUCUACACUAUUCACACAUCUUUGGACGUAGUUGAAGAAAAGGUUUCACCUGCUAAUAAAAGUUCAGGUGAUGUUCGUGAACUGUAUUUGGGACUCCUAUAUCCAACAGAGUAUUACAAAGUCUAUGGGUAUGUAACUAACACAAAGACCAAGUUCAUCCUCAUAGUGGAGACGUCGCACACAACUUUACGGGACAAUGAAAUUAAACAGAUGUUUCAUAAGCUGCACGCAGCAUAUGCAGACGUUGUAUGCAAUCCAUUUUAUGUUCCUGGGGACCAAAUCCUGUCCAAGGCUUUCGAAGCGACAGUUAGCAGCAUGAUGUCUGGAGAGUGACAAAUAUAGUUAUGGAUGUCGUUUUGGGACAGUCACAGCUUCGGCCAUGUGCGCAGUGUUGUGUCUGUGCUAUAUCCAUCCUUGAUUGAAACCAUCUACCAUUCAAUAAAAUAUCUCAUUUUCACACCA